GGCUAUUGGACUGGGAAAAGCCGGGCUUGGGAAGCAGAAAUGUGAGCAUCCUGACUGGGGACAGGUCUCAGAGAUGGGGGAGAUGUGGUGGAGGCAUGCAGGGGUAACACUGAUAACAGUGAGCAGCCACUGAGUAGAGAGGCAGCACGGCUCCCAGAUAGCAUCUGCCUCUGAAUCCAACUCAGUAUUCGAUAGGCAGUGGUGGUGGGCCUGAGCAAGGGGCAAGUGAAUCAGCUGCGGGUGGCCGCUGUGACCUCACUGGGUUCGAAACAGCCUCCUGCAUCUGCAUGGACAGCAGCUUCUUGUCUGCUCUGACUUCCUGGGGAUGCCAAUCCAGCAUUAACAUGUCUAACUAGCAGGGAUCUCUUCAGGGGCAAGACUGCUGGAUGGCAUCUGUAUUGAUUGCAAAAGUGCAUUACCUGUUCUCAGAGAUCGUCUUCUUAGGAAGGAUUGUGGGUGCUUAUCGGGAGGCAUAUUUCUGGGGACUAUUUGUUUCCAUUUGCACAGUAUCCCUCUUAAUUGCAAUUUUCCUUCUAAUUCUUAUUCCUUUUAUUCCGUUUUACGUGGCUGAUGGCCGUCAUUAGUUGGCAUACAUUUGCAAGCUUUAAAAGGGAUCACAGCUUUAUUUAUUCCAAACGGCACCGAUGACCUAAAUAAUGCAUGCGGUGCGUCCCUGAGUGUUCAUCAGCAACGGCCAUUACCCAGCCCUCUUGUUUCACUGUACACGUUUAUGCAACUUAAAGACGAUGUGUAUCAACGUGCAUUACAGCGCUGAUGUACUUAAAGCGCUUUGGAAGCAGCGUGAGGUGGGUGCCAACGCGCCCACCAUCGACAGCUGUGGAAAUCACUGGCUCGCGGGACACAGGUUGGUAUCUGGCCCGGCCCGGCCCGGCAGGUGGUGAGGUGGUGAGGGCGGGCGGGAGGCGGCGCUGGGCCUGGUGGACUCCACGAAGCAGGAGCUCGGCCUUCUGUCGCGGCGGUGGAUACGCGGCCCCGCACGCUUUCUGCCCCGUGGGACGUCGUCGUUUCCAGUUACGGAUCUGUCGCAGGUAUCGCCUGCACGCGCUCGUGCAUAAAGUGGGGACGCUGCGUGGGGCUGUGUGUCAGCUUUUGAAGAUAAACGCCUAAAAAAGCCUAAGCCAACUUCUGAGCUCUGUGUCUCUGAGAGGCAUCGUUACUUGGUCCUCUAGGCAAGAGCAUGGAGCGGUCAGCUGAGAUUCAGGGCCACAGUUUUGAAUGUUAAUUAUUGUUAAUUUGGCAUAUGUGUUGUAACAAUGUGAAUCUGAUGGUUUUUUUUGCAUUCUUGGGACUUGUAGGGAGCAUCUUCAACUAAAAAAAUGAGGUACUGGCAGAUCUCAAAAUCAAGUUGUAGUUGGUUCCAUACUGUAGUUCUGUCAGCCAGCAGUUUGAGCUGAGAUAUGAAAGUAUUGUUAGUAUUAGUUUACUGUAUUAGUAGUAAACAGAAGACACAUGGGGCAUACGGAUGCUCUGUGUUCGCCAGGUGGUCAGCAUUUGGUUGUGUUGUACAGACUGGCACUUAGAUAAAUAACAUCUGGAAUCAAAGCACAGAGAGUAUACUCAGCAGAACAGAAAACUGUCUCCUCUGCUGAGACAAUGGAUGGUGUGCUCAGACAUACAGUAGUAGGAAGGGUGCUAAGAGCCUGGGAGUGCUCUUGUGUUCCUUAACAAGGUGAGUGAGGGGAUCUGGUGUCCCCACAGAGGAAGAUGAAGGACCUGGUGAAGAUGAGCUGCGCGGAGGUUUCCCUGCUACGUCAUACAUGUGCUGCAGCAGAGACAGUAGCCUGCUUCCUCCAUGUCCAGCUCCCACUAUGUGAAGAGUUUGGCCACUUGGUAGGAAGGCUGUGAAGCUCUUAGAGUGUAAUUUUUACCUUUGUGUGAAGCUGAUAUGAGUACAUUUAGGUAUCUGCGUAUGGAAAAGCAGAGGGAUGUUUGGAAGGGGAAAUACAGGGUAAGCUUCUUAACAACUCUACGAAAGAUACAAGAUGAAAUGAUGCAUAUUAUCUGUAUUCCAAAUUGAUUACUAAAACCAGGAAAAAGUAUUGCAUUGAGUGCAAUGCAUAACUCACUAUCAGCUGUGUCUGUAAGAUGAGCUUAUAACAUUUUCUGGAGUAAUGAUUAAAUCACUUUUUCAGAGUAGCUGUGAUAUGAAGGCUGGUAAGCUGCACGGCCAUCGUCAUCUUUUCUUAUUGAUAAAGUGAUAUGUAUUCUCAUCUUGUUCUCUUUUCCUCUUGUAUCUCUGGGAGCACGGAUUUACCUGCAUGGUUCUCCCUGUUCUUGUAACGCCCGUAGCGCUGCGAUGGGACAGGGAUUGUAAGUACAUCCUGCAUUGUGAGGUUGCAGCUGAUCCCAAGAGAUCUCCAGGAUUGUUUUGGUUUGGUUUCGUGGAAAGCACAGUUUGCCAGCGUUAAUUUGGUAGCAUAAUUUAAUAAUAGUAAUUAUUAAGAUUUUCAUUUAAGAGGCAAAGUUGUGCACGGUGAACAAAAUGCUUUGAAGUAGUGCAGAAAAUCUUCCCUCUUAUGUUUGGACUGAUGUGUAUUUCUCAUGAACUUCAAGUUAAAACAGUUUCCAGAUUUGGGAGGUAAGGAAGGGAUUUUUUUCUGGUUUGUAGAAAAAACCUCUCUCUUGAUGAGAGUUCUACCUUUCUUUAAAGCACAGCGCAUGGGUUCUUCUGCAGGAGCCAUCCACAUUUCUCAUCUAGUUGCUUACGCUGGCAGAGAUGUUUUGUUCUGUCUUGCUGUCCACUUUCCUUUGAGUGACUAUGCUCAGGGAAAGGGUACAAAGGCGACUACCUUACCUAAUAAUGCACUGUGGACUGGUGAUGUGUGACAGAAUCUUCUCUUGGUGUAUUCUCUAACAUUUGUGGUUCCUCAAACGCUAAAGCUAAGAGAGAAACUCCCAGGAUCAGACCUGUACACAAGGCCUAUUUAAAACCAUACUCAAAAGUUUCUUCUUCUUCAUGGAUGAGAACAAAGAAUGACCAUGUGGCUGCAGUAUCUGUAGUUCUCUCUAGUAAUUGUCAGCAGUAAGCUGGGUAGUAUUGUUGUCCUGGCCUUUCUUUUAGAGAUUUUUCAAAGUCUAUAUGAUCAUGUACUUAAAAUGAAAAAAAUGACCUUAAUACCGGAUACAGAAUUUUAUAUCAAAAUGUGUUAAUAUACUGCUAAAUAAUGUUCUAUACCAAAGAAAAGGGUUUCUCAAACCAAGUUUUUCAUUUGUAACUCUAAUGCACGCUAAACAAAGUAAGAUUAUCUGCAGUUAUUAACUGAACUGACCUUGCCUGGCCAACCACAUCCUUCAGGAUUUUAGAACAAAAGUAUCUUAUCAUGUUGUUCCUAUUUUUUUAUUUAAUUAAUGUUAUUUAGAGAAUGGCAGAGGAAAAUGUCUUUCCUGCUUUUUCAGGUUCCAGUCAAUUUGCAGCUUGUAAAUUAAAAAGUAAUUGAACUUACUGAAUGCAGCCUUUUUUUUGUUUGUUUUGUUUUUUUGCCAUGAUAUCUAAACAAGAAGUUUCUGUGGUUUCAAGGGACUCUGUUCCACAUUGCUCCUUCAGAUGUCUCCAUAAACUUUCUGGUUUCUGUUCCCUCAGUAAAUCUGUAUUGUUUGAUUAAUACUAGUGAUUUUAAUAGAUAAUGAUAGCAUUGUGUAUUAAGGCAAAUUGUCAUCAUUUCAAAUAUAGAUAGGCUUACUUUUCAACAGAAAAUGUGCUUAACUUCUUUGGCUUGAAUUUCUAUUUAAUUAAAAUAUUAAAAUUUUAAUUUUUAUUCUUCCUGGACUGAGGUUCAGCUAGCUAUUUUUGGCUUGGUUAGGUACUACAGGGUAUGAAACCAGCGUGCUCAGGAUCGUUUGCUAUGGUGUCUGCUGUUUUUCCCAUGAAUGGACUUGUCAAAGUGCAAUUUGUACAGCUUAGGGACGUCAGAAAGGGCAUCAGCUGUUCCUCACUUCUGCUGAUUACCCCAGUUUGUUUUUUCUGCUCUGACCUGUGUAGAGAAAUCUCUGUUCUUCCUCCUCUGAUACCCACUGAUACUCAUCCCUGGAUUUGGUCCUGGGAGCUGAUGCUUCUGCUGCCUGUUUUCUGGGAAGGAGGCUGGAGUUCACAUUUGGAACUUCAGGCAUUCUGUGCCUGAAAUGUCCUCUUUGCCCCCUGGAAUUUGUGUAAACACUAACAGAUUUGAAAAGUGGAUUUGGGGACACUUAUGUUUAUAGCUCUUCCAAAUGAAUCUGUUUCUGUUUCCAAAUGAAUUCCACAUUAAUUCACUGGGAUAGCUCAGGCCUGGGUUCCUGGCAGUCAGCAUUGACUGAUUUGGUAUAGAGAGAGGCUGUCUCUUGGUAUGGUGGCUGGCAUCAUAGAGAUGCUACAAUUGCUACUGAAGUCUGAAUAGAAGACGAUGACAGCUAUUCAGUUUUUCUGUAUUAGCUUUGCUAUAAGUGUUGUAUUUAUAGUUAGUGAGAAGGAAUACCCUGCUAGAGUUGAACCGAAAUGUUAGAAAUUCUUGAAGAGCCCAGGGCUUAUGUUUUAUGUAGGCUAAAGAUGUACUGCCAGUUCAAUUUAUAAAUGUACUGUGAUCUUUAUUAAUGGUAUAACAGCAACAUUGCAUGCAGAAGUAUGUGUUUGUAUUGUUAAAAAUAAUCUUAGAAUUAGAUUUGAAUGGAAAAAGCUUUCCUAUCCUGAGAGAAAGGAAAUGGCAUUGGGGAAAUAGCGCUACAUAGAAAACGUGGGGAAAAGUUGGUGUGGGUCAUUUUAUCCCAUGACUUUGUCAUAUAUUUACAGCAUGAUUAUUCCAAGUAUCUUAAAUUUCAAAAUUAAAAAUGGAAACACUGAGGCUUUGUUGAUGAGACAUGUUUAUCCAGCAUAUUACCUUUUUUUUCUUUUUUUUGAAUGAGACCUUCAUUGAAUUUCCCCCUUCAUGCAGGAAAUCUCAUUCUGAUGAAUCAAUUUUUUAAAUAGCUCUUGUUGAGGAAAACAGUUCAUGCUGUUUCUUUACUGAUCAGAUUUUAGCUUUUCUAGAUGUCUUUCACAGACUGAGGAGAUGACUGAGGUUGGAAAAGUCCUCUGGGUCCAUCUGCUUCAACCCCAGCUCUGGCAGGGACACCCAGAUCAGGGUGCCCAGACUCCCAACUCUUUUGGAGUUCUCCAGGGAGGAGUCUCCACAGCCUUUCUGGGCAUCCUGUGCCCAGCCACCCUCAUGGUAAAGAAGUGCUGAUGCUCGAACAUGUUUCUCUGCAGAUGCAGGGCUCUGCACUUCUUGUUGAACACCAUGAGGUUCCUGCCAGCCCAUCUGUCCAGCCUGUUGAGGUCCCUCUGAAUGGCAGCACAGCCCUCUGGUAUAUCAGCCACUUCUCCCAGUUUUGGGUCAUCUUUAAGUGAAGCAUUUCUGAGUUUAAGACGUGACUUGUUCUUUCAAUUCUUUCACAUGUGUCUUGAACAAGUAAACAGCCAAACUGCUAUUUAGUCAUGUAUGAUUAUAGUGACAACCACAUAAGAUGUAAGCAGAUCUGUAACCUGCUGACUUGCUACCCUGAUUUCUGACACAUAAUAAUUGGCAAUUUACACACUGAAUAACCAGCUGCGAAUUGGUAUUGGGGAAGGCGGAAAGUGGUGCAGUUAACAGUAUCAGUGCUGAACCAAAGUAACAGCUCACAGCUGGGAAGAAACAUCAUAGGAUCUCCCUAGACCCUGUGCAGUUCUCUAUUUCAGCAAAAGCAGAUACUUUUAAAGCAGUUUACAUUUGCUACUUAACAACAACCAAAAAAUUGUGUUUUUUUCAAUAGUUAUUUUAGCAAGUGGAAGUGUCUAACUGUCUGAUGUGCACUAGAGGAGCAUUAGAACAGAACAGAAGGCUGGAUGUGGGUAGAAGACAAGGAGAUUACUGAAUAUGGAUGGGAUCUUUGAUCUUUGUUUAAGCUUUCAUGUAAGUGCAAGGAACCAGAAUAUUUUGAAGGCUUGUAAUCUGGCUUUGCAGCUGGAUUUGCCAUGCCUGGGCUUCUUAGCACUGUGCUCCACUGUGGUAGAAUAUGCAGUGAUUUGGGGUAUUUUUGGCACAAGCAUAACUUGGAAAUGUUUUUAUGACUUCCCUAUGCUUUUGAGUCUCAAUUCCUUGCUAAAAGAGUGUGGGAUUGCUAGGAUAAGACUGGUCACGAAAACAUUUUCCCUAUUCUUGGAAGUGCCUAAACUUUUUUUGUCUGAAAGGCAGCCUCUUUCUCAUGUCCUUUCAAAAAUACAGAGCUGGCAUGUUAAGAUUUCAGGAGAAACUGUUAGCAUUUUGAAAAAUUCCCAGCAUAUGAAAGAGCGGUUUACAGUGGGAAAUGUGUAGCAUACUUAAUAGGCCUUUUUUUUUUUCUUUUUUUAACAUGGCAGAUCAUUCUAUUUCUCUGUGCUGAGAGUUUUUGCACCCUUUGAAAUGUUUUAUGCUUUAACCAAGUCAGUUCUUCUGGUCAUGCUCUUUUUCUUUUUUCUCACUUCUUUUUUUUUGCAUGUAAUCUAUACAAUAAUUUAAUUUCCAGAAGAAGUAUCACUGCUCCCAGGUAAAAUCAAGUUUCCAUGUCAUCUUGUAUGUUUUUUUUUUCCCACUUCACUUUCUAUUGAAAUGGACUGUUAAUUUUAUUAAAAACUUUGUGUAAAUUGAUUGAAAACUUCUCAUAAAUGGAGUGCUAAGCUGGAAGGUAUUUUGUUCUGUAGUACUAUAGUUAUUUGGGUGCCCUGUCUGGGGAGAUCUUUGUUUUGUUCCUGGUAUAGGUUGAAAUAAUAUUUUAUGUAGUCUGCAAGUAAGAAAACUUAUUACCCAUUUUACGUAGAGCAGUGAGAUUGCUUCACUCUGAAUGGCUGCUCUAUGGUGACAGUUUUAUCAUCUUUUUGCUUUAUUUUUUAGGCAAAACUGUGUUUCUAACAUUAGUUUUCUUUCCCAAAGUCUUCACAGUUAAGAAUACACAUUGAGCUUUUGUCACAGGUUUUUAUUAAAGGCUACAAAAAAGAAAUAAUAGAACUCUAUCAUUUAUGUUAAAUGCCCCAAGCUCUUUCCUGUAAACAGCUAUAAAUGCUUAUCUUCACAUGCCACACACAGGAUUUGGUGUUCUCAUAAAUUAGUAUUUCCUUCAAGAUUAAAGCCACAUUCACAGAGCUGUUACAAAACAUUUUAUUUAACUAUCUAAUAAAAUGAUUAACUUUUUGAAACGGGAAAAAAGUUCUUAUUGCCAGUGCAGCAUCUGUAAUUCAUUUUUGCAGAACGUUGAUUUGUAGUGGGUUCAUCAUUCCUCUUCUGUUCUAUGUUUUGGAUUAGGCGCAUCAUCUUGCGGAGUUCUUGAUUAUUUUGCUUUGUUCUGUUGGUAUCAGUAACCGUCUCUGAAAUGUACUGAUUGCUCUGCAACCACUAGUCGCCAAGCUAGUGAAGUACUGUGGACUGUAUUACUGUUGUCCACAACUGCAUAGCGGUCUUUGGCGUGUGUUCUACAGUGCUGGUAAGGAGUCAUUUGACUGUUACAAUUUUCCUUUAUUUUUGUGUGGAAUGUAGUUUUCUUUUAGCCAUUUUAAGAGUUAGCCUUGUUUAAUGUCUGUCCCCGCAGGAUAGUUAGGCAGGCCAAAUUUCAAAUAAAUGUAAUUCUCUUUCUUCACAAUUCUUCCCACUGUGAUUAGAAGACAGAUUGGAUCCCCCUCAGAAGGAUUCCAGAUACAUUUGUCCCUUUCAUGUUUCUGGAAAACUUGAGAACUUACCUUUGGAAAACUGCAUCAAAUUUCUCACAUCAUGCAGGAAACUAACACUUAGGCAAAGCGAUACUUACAUUGAACCCAAUGUUUCCUGCCCGUAGUUACUGAAAAGGAAAUGUUCAGCUGUUGGGUUUGGAUACUCAUCUUGCUCUGUAGAAGCUCUAUAGCAGAUGAAAACUCUACCAGAGAUGCUGACAUUUUUCCUUCAUCUCCUGAAAUUGAAAGAGGAUCCACCCUGAAACGAUUCUGUAUUCUUGGAAAACACUACACACCUCACAGGAACGCAAGCCACAUCAUCUGGAAAUUGAAUCGUGAAUUGAUUGCUCAGGAAAACUACAAUAUUGUCAACGAGACUGUAUCUAGUGUAACUAUCUAUAAUUUCACUCACAGCAAAGCACGUGUGAAAUGCUUCAUUAAGUACUUAGGAAAAGAACAACUUCUGGUUCAGACUGAAGUUAAAUCUGGCUUUCCACCAGACAAACCAAGAAAUAUUUCCUGCAUUUACGAUGUUGAUAUUAAGCUUACUUGUAACUGGACUUCAGGAAGAGAAACAAAUCUUGCAACAACUUAUACUCUUUAUAGAAAAAUCAUGAGUGUACCAGGUCCAGUUAUGCAGGAGCCAAAGAUCUCCAUCUGCCGAAGCAAAACUGAGUCAUGUUCAUUUCAUUACCCAAAUAUUCCGUUUGGUGAUAAUCUUUGUUUUCAAGUGAAAGCUGAAAAUGUUUUGGGUGAAGCCUCAUCAGAUUGUGUUCCUAUAAGAAUGGAAGAAAUAGAGAAAUUUCAACCUCCUGAAAUAGUUUCAUUAAAAAAAAAUGCUGGUAUAAAGCAGUUGCUUACAGUAACCUGGAAAAUACCUGAGAAAAGUACACGUUUACUAGAUGUAAAAUGCCAGAUUCGAUACAGAAACUUGUAUUCAAACUCAUCGGAAAUUGACACUGUUAUGGUGGCUUCUGGAGAGGAGGUGUCAACACAUAAUCUCACAGGUCUGUGGGACUCCACAGAGUAUUUGGUUGCCAUUCGGUGUAUCAGUGUUGAAUCAAAACUCUGGAGUGAGUGGUGUAGAGAGGAAACAGCAAGCACAGAAGAGAAAGCUCCCUCAGAAAAAGUGGAUUUGUGGAGAGUAAUUGAGUCUUCACACACAGCUGGAAACAGAUCUGUCUAUCUUAUGUGGAAGCUGUUAAGCAACUUUCCACCCCAUGGGAGAAUUCUGGGCUACAAAAUACAGUACUUUCCAGAAAAUAAUACUGCACUUCAAACGACAAACUUCACUUCUGAUAAGAAAUUUACUUUACUUUUAAAUGAAGAGGCAUAUAUAGUAUCUGUUACUGCCUAUAAUUCUGCUGGAAAUUCUCCUGCAGCUAUUUUGAGGAUUCCAUCCACUGAUGAAAAAUCUUCUCAAAUUAUUGAAGCAGUGAGAACCUUUACAACAGAGGAAGAAAUGAUUCUGGAAUGGACAGUCUCUGAACCAGGAGUAACUGAGUAUGUAGUUGAGUGGUAUGAGGAAAUGGAGACAGAUCCUUUUAGUCGAUCAUGGCAAUAUAUAUCAAAUUCUACGAAGUGGAAACCUAACAAAAAAAACUUUAAAUCAUUUGUAUGCUACAACAUAUCAGUGUAUCCUGUUUAUGGAAAUAAAGUAACAGCUCCGUAUUCCAUUCAAACUUAUGUUCAAGAAAAAGAGCCAUCAGAAGGCCCUGUGGCUGAUACGGGUUUUCCAGGCAAAAAUGAAGUUACAAUAAAAUGGAAGGAGAUUUCAAAGGAUAAAAGAAAUGGCUUUAUCAAUAACUACACAAUAUUUUAUAAACCUGAAGGUGGAAAAGAAUUGAAUGAAACAGUGAACUCUGAUGUUCUACAAUACACACUGAAGUCUUUACAGGCUAAUACACAGUACACUGUCUAUAUCAUGGCAAGCAACAGAGCUGGUGGAACCAGUGGAGAGCCAAAAACAUUCAAGACUUUGAAAUUCAAUAAAGAAGAUAUUGUCUUCAUUGCUAUACCGGUUGGAUUAAGCAUGUUGUUUCUGUUAGGUCUUUGGAUAACCUGCAUUUUGAAAAAACACCUGUUUAAAAAGGUUUGCUGGCCUGAUAUACCCAACCCUGCAGAGAGCGUUGCAGUGCAGUGGCCUCUUGAUGCAUCUGUGGGAGUGGCAUGCGAGGAUAAAACCAGAGGCCUGGAAAACAUAAGUGUUUUGGAAGAUUGUUUUCCUGAAGAAGAACAUGAAAGAUCACUACUAAUGAAUUGUGAAAAAUGUGUUUCUGGAAGUACUGAAGUUAAUACAAAUGAGGCACAGAACAUCUCUGAAUACAGAAUAUCUCUGCUAAAUGGUGAUAAAAAGCUACCAAAUAAUGAAGAACAGGAAGUUGCUAAGCACCUUUCACCAUCCAUGCCUUACAUAAUCACUGAUCAAGAUUUCAGAAGUCAAAUACAUUCAGCUUUGAUACCAGCCAAGAAAAUUCAAUCCAUAGAAAUGCUGGAAGAUGAUUUAUGUGAUUCCCAACAGGCCCCAAUUAAAAAUGAAGAAAAUGAUAAUGAAGAAGUUUUAAGCACAGAAGAAGAUUUCAGUGAAAAAACCCUUUUCAAUCCAUACCUUAGAAAUUCUGUUAAAACAAGAGAAUUUCUUGUUUCUGAGAACUUGCCAGAACACAGCAAGAAUGAACCCAAAAGCCAGGCAGCUGUUUUACCUGGACUUCAACAAAAUGUUGUAGGACAAACCUAUAUAACAUUGGACAUGGUUGGGCUGGCAACAGCUCAUUAGCGGGAGACAGAGUUCCUUGUAAAGUCCCAACCUGGUAGUGCUGCUUUUUUAUUUUCCUGUGUUUCCUGGAUGGUCGUGGUUACUCUGGAUGAAAUUACCCUAUUCCUUCAAAUAGCUGUGAAGUAAUUAAUGUACUGUGUUUAUUCCUGUGAAGCUUCACUUUCAGAGUUGUGGGGGAUUUAUUUGUUUUUGUUUUUGUUUUUUUUAAACCAGAGAAAUUUGUCAGUAGUAAGACAAAGGAUGUAGCUUUUCUUAGUUUUUCAUUUUGAUUUUCCCUGUGAGAACAUCACGCAGUGCAAGUAGCUUGCUGCUUUCCCCCUAGGCAGCCAGUUCAGAUGGGUGAGCACUGCUGGGGCAAUGUGCACUAACUUGAACAGAGCCAACACCUGCCAAAUAUUUCCUUAAGUUACAUGAAGAAGAACAACUUUCCAGUUUUUUUUCCCUUGCUUGUUUUGUAUCUAGUUUUAUGUGUACUGUUGCAAGCUAGUAUAGCUCCAGCAGAAGAGAUGCAAUUAUGCAGAUAUGUCGUCUAUGAAACUAUAUCAGUUCCUCUGAGAAACUGCCCAGUGAAGUGCUUUUGUACAUAUAAAUACAUGUGUGCUUGUGUCUGAGCCCAGACAUGGGGAAAUAUCACAAUCUAUUGUUUGUGCAGCAAAACUUGCACCUGAUGACCCUUGCUCAUCAGCGUGGGUGAGAUUGCAAGCUGGGGUCUUCUGUUUUAUAAUAUGCCUGGAGUCUUGCCUAAAAGCCCACAAGAUCCUGGCCUUCGACCUGAAAUACUAAUCUGUGUAUUUACUGUAUUUGUUGCUCUGUUGUUCUUUGAGGUUCAAUUGAGGCUUCUUGUUUCAGUAUAUGUCUUGACUUGAGCACUUGGUGCUGGAAGGAGGAGGACUGUGCCUGGUCCAAGGCUGUCUUCCCCACCUCUGUCAGCGCACCUGCACUUCCCAUAUGGGAAGGUGGUGGGCUUGUUCCCUCCUCUGCUGAGUGCAAACCAACACUUCAGCAGUAUGGAUGGUUGAGGAGCUUGAGGCACAGGCAGGGUCAAGUCCUGAACUACAGUGACAGUACAGAUGUUAUCUUCCAGUGCUCCCAUCAUACAGAAAAUUACUAUGGUCAGUAAUAAGAUAAUCACUUAAAUGCUUGGUGAUUGCAGCUGCGAUAGGGAAAGAGACUCUCAUAGUUAAGCUGAGCAGACCUUUGCAAAUAAAGAUCUUAGGGCAGUGAUGGUUGGCUGUGUUUGGUAUAUUUCAAAGUGGUGCUCCAAAAGGCUGGGAAAAACGUGCUGGAGAUCAUGCGGUCUGCUGCUUGUACUGUGGUGUGUGCAAGCAUGUUGUGGUUGAGAGCAAGGUUUUAGCUGGUAGCUUUUGCCGUUUCCAAAUCCUUUGGUCUUACGCUGCCAAAGAUUAGAAAUAUAACAAGAGAAGAUAAUGAGCCAAAUCUGAAACUCUUAAUUCAAAGAAAUGCGAGAUUCUCAUUUUGAAAUCUCCCUUGACAGAUUUGAGCAACAGGGCUUUGUUUUGACAGCCAUGGGGUUUCAAGCAUUGGGUUGUAACAUUUUAACCUUGUCAGCCAAGAUAUCAAAAUACUGAAGAUUCAGCAGCCUGAUGUUUUUGUAACAAGCAGUCUUGGUAGUCACAUGCAUAAAACAAUGUCUUAAUAGCAAAUGUCAUGCUCAUUAUUGUGAGAGAUGAUCUGUGAAAAUUUAUUUAAUAGCUUUAUGCUUUGCUAGCAGUUAUUCUGAAAUACUCAGCUAAGAUACUCUGCCAAAUGUUACUUAACAUGUAACACACAGAGCUUAUAUAACAUAUGCAUGAUUUGAGACUGUGUAAAAUUGAUUUUGAACAGGCUGAAACGUGUAAUUGAGCUAGCGUUCGGGGUGGCUCUGCUCUGGUUUCUAGUUCUCUGCAAAGAGAGCACAAGACUCAUUUUGCUGCUCUGUGCCUGCAUUUGUAUCAGGAAGCAGGGCGCAUCCUCGCUGUGAGUAAGUCUGGAGCCCACAGGUAUAUGGACCCACUGUAAAUUCAGGUAGUUGUUGAUAGCAGCAUCUUUUGCCUCUUAGCAAGAAAGAGUAAACUCGCAAGAAGGAGUAAAGACAGUGGUUGGAUAAAGUUCUUGUGAUGCACCUGUCUUAUGGCUAUUCAUCGUUUAUCAGAAAACACGGGCAACCCCAUCUUAAAGGUAGGGCGUGCCUAAAGCAGUUGCUUUGUGUGCAUUGUUCUGUCCCACAUGCAGAGAACUACGUUUGUAAAUGGAGCCGUCAGAGAGGCAUUAUGCAUUCAUUUUGUAAUACUGUUCUUAAUCAUAGGGUCUGAUAACUUAGGAACAAGGCUCUGUGUGAGGAACGUAUCUUUUCUUAGCCUUUGUUUUUCCAUUUUCUUUGCAGUUCUGUUACUUAAAAGAAAUUAUCUUUUUCAGUAUUUGAGAAAAAUUCUAGUUAAAUUCUUUUCCUUUUCAAAACCUUUCUUAUGACUAUUGUUUGUCCUUCUUUCCACGAGUAAACAAUCAUUUUUACUGCCAUCUUGCUACUUAAUUUAACUCAAACUCUUUUUGGCUGGUUAUUUUGAAAGCAGAACAGAAGAAUGAGCAGCAAUAAUCUGGAAGUUGGCACAGAUGUUUGAAUAAAAUGUUCUUCCACAGAAAGAA